CACAAGUGAAAAUCGGUGAAACGCAGGCGUAACACUAGUGAGAAUCUGUGAAACGCAAGCGUAACACAAGUGAGGAUCGGUGAAGCGCAAGCGCAACACAAGUUAAAAUCGGUGAAACGCAAGCGUAACACAAGUGGAAAUCUGUGAAACGCAAGCGUAACACAAGUGAGGAUCGGUGAAGCACAAGCGCAACACAAGUGAAAAUCGAUCAAACGCAAGCGCAAUACAAGUGAGAAUCAGUGAAACGCAAGCGCAACACAAGUGAGAAUCGGUGAAGCGCAAGCGCAACACAAGUAAAAAUCGGUGAAACGCAAGCACAACACAAGUGAGAAUCGAUAAAACGCAAGCGAAAUACAAGUUAGGAUCGGUGAAGCGCAAGCGCAAUACAAGUGAAAAUCGAUCAAGCGCAAACGCAAUACAAGUGAGAAUCAGUGAAACGCAAGCGCAAUUCAAGUAAAAACCGGUUAAACAAAAGCGUAACACAAGUGAAAAUCGGUAAAACGCAAGCGUAACACAAGUGAAAAUCGAUGAAACGCAAGCGCAACACAAGUGAGGAUCGGUGAGACGGAAGCGCAACACAAGUUAAAAUCGGUUAAACGCAAGCGUUAACAAAAGUGAGGAUCGAUGAAGCGCAAGCGCAACACAAGAGAAAAUCGGUAAAACGCAAGCGUAACACAAGUGAGAAUCUGUGAAGCGCAAGCGCAACACAAGUGAAAAUCGGUGAAACGCAAGCCCAACACAAGUGAGAAUCGGUGAAACGCAAGCGCAAUACAAGUGAGGAUCGGUGAAGCGCAAGCGUAACACAAGUGAAAAUCGUUGAGGCACAAGCGCAACACAAGUGAAAAUUGGUGAAACGCAAGCGUAACACAAGUGAGAAUCGGUGAGACGCAAGUUAAGUUAAAAGCAAGCGCAAGAAAAUUUAAAGUUUCUUUCUCUUUUAGAAUAAAAACUAACUUGAUUGGAUCCCGGUGAGAACCAACAAAAACUGCAGGUUUUUCGGAAAUAAAACCCGUUCAUUGAUUUGGUGAUGACACUUCUAAGCAUCUGCGGUUUAUAUUGUCGGGAUCAUUAGGUCAACAGAUACUUCAUUAUUAAAUUUACAAAACUUGAAUCUAAAUUGUUUUGUGAUUUCUGUUCAAAAUUUCACACCUGUCUUGACAUAUAUGUUUAGACAAGAGACAUAAUUGUUUUAUAAAUCUGUUUAUGUGUUUAAAGUUAAUCCCUAUAAUGAAUAUGUCUGGAUUACUAUUACGUCGCUUUUAGCUUCAGUGUUUGUUCGAUCUUAUUCGUUUAGUAGAAUUUCGACCAUAUUUAUCAGAACACACACUGGGGACUCACGCUAGCUCGUAUCAUGCUGUUAACAGAACCUACGCGAAGUUCACAAACGAUGUACACAUUCAAAUUCUGCCUCCUGAAAAACUCAAAUCACGUUUGUAAAUCAGCGUAACACCAAAGAAUACAUAACUGCGACAUAUGGAUUGUGCCUAACCUUAAUAAUUGUAAUAUUCAUAUCGGAAAGGGAUGGAGCAAAUUCCAAGUCUAUAACAUAUUGAAAGCAUGGGCGUCUGUUGAACAAUGAGGAACGAUAAGGCAAGGCGAAUGGCGAAUGUGAAACAGUUUUAGAUGUUGAGUCUAUUGAGCUCAAUUUAUUCAACGAAAAAGGAACAUCUAAGCCCAUUUAAUCCAACAAAGAAAUUGCGUCGUCGUGCAAGGUGCAUGUCAGAAAUGGCGUCUGUAGAGAUGUCGCUAAUGCCUUAUUAGCAAAUCAAAUGUUUACAAUAUCUCGAAGAUAAUCAUCUCCAUACAACAGAGACCUUUUGACAAAACAUUUCAAAGGGAAAGGGAGACAUGGCGACGAGAUUCUCAGUUCUUCACAACGCACACAGAAGCUAGGAAUGAUUACCAAGAAAAUCAUGUGGUCAGCUCUGGUUCUAUUAUGGAUACCAUUUGCCGUGUCCUGGGGAAGCAGAAAGUGUCGACUCGAUAUGUUCAACAGGUCAUCUCCUAAAGGGCAAUGUGUUUACCAGGAUGAAAAUGGCCGUAAAUUCAUUGCAAAUGGCUUAAAGCUGAACAGUGCCUUGACAAAAAAAGCACUAAAUAAAGCUAGAUUGAAUUUCGAUGUACUUAAAAGCGCUAAUGCAGUUAGGGAAAGCGAGCCAUGUGAGUGUACUUCCAAGUCGCCGUGCUUGUCUGAGCAUCAACUCCGCCUGGUUAUACUGAUGAGUUCCCAAGAUGCCGUGUAUGAACUAAGAGAAAUGUUUUCCGAUUUUAAUAACAUUUGCUGUGCAAUACAACUAAAAUUGGUCAGGCUGCGACUCAGAUUAACUAGAAGUGAAUUUAAAAGGUUAGGUUUUAUUCCCGGUGCCGCGUCGAGCAAUCGAGAAAUCUCCGUACGUAUCCUACCCAUCAGAUGUUCACGAAAAGGCAAAUGGUGCACAGAUUUGGCGCGAGCGCUGAAUGAAUGCAAGGAGAAAUCAUCUAGGGAGAGACGGCAUGGUGAAGCGUCUGGCAUAAUCGACUGCAUUUCCGGUGAAAAUUGUUUGACAGAUAGGUCGAGGGUCGUUAACAAGACGACGACAAGUGAACCCAGAGGGAAUGAUGACGAGAUGACUAAACGCGUUCCUCGUGAUGGACGCACACAAGGAAUAACUCAACCCCAGCUACCCCUAACAGCGCCAUCAACUAAAGCACACCUUGCAGGUGUUGAGAAGCCCGCUACGCUUUCUCGCUCAUCCAAAGAACAAGUGAACUCUAUAACGGUAUCAAAUCUAGCUCAUAAGGCCUCUUUAUACAGUGUUAGAUUGAAGAAAAGUCAUAUGUCAACAUUUAUUACGAGAACCUUGAGUAAAAAGCAUGAGAAAAGCACCUACUUAGAAAACACGUCAGACUUUGAACAAAGCCCAGCUAUCACUCAAACUGUCACUCAAUCAGUCAGAGCCACGCCUCCCCUGCGAAGGAUGCCAUUUGCUCCAAGCUCUGAAAUAUUCACAGAACACACAAUAGAUAACGAUAACUCGGCAAUCUCAAGUGUUGCCGGGGGCAUUGAGCUUUCUACGGGUUCCACGGAUGGCGUGACAGCGUGUAGCACUUGUGAGCUUUCAAUGGAUGGCGUGACAGCGUGUAGCACUUGUGAGCUUUCAAUGGAUGGUGUGACAGCGUGUAGCAUUUGUGAUCUUUCCAUGGAUGGCGUGACAGCGUGUAGCACAUGUAAUCGUGUUGUAACAUCAGCAGGGGUGAAUGUUGCGAAUGGUAAUUCACAUGGCCUCCAAGUGAGCGAUUCUUUGAAAAACAAAAAUCCUGCUGUGGCGUAUAUGACAACACCAGAAACUGUGGGGACAAAAACCCAAAAUAUGGUCAGAAAGUCGAUUAUUCUCGGACAAUUGGUUGACUCAUACAACAAAGAUGGCUAUAAAGACGUAACGAAACGGGUAUCUUCUGUGGUAGAUGAUUCGAAGACGACUUUGAGAAUGGCUUCACCUUGCAGCAAGGUACCGGGGAAACAGAUAAAAACUGUUUUGUUCCCGACAUGGCAAACGUCAGUUAUUGUUAAGGUCGAUACAAAGAGUAGACAAAUAGAACCUGAGAAAACAGAAAGGAAGAUGACACAUGUAUCGCUAACUGCUCUCGAAACGGGUGCACUCUCAAAGCAUGGACAUCGCUCAACUAUUCAUGGGUUGCUAGCCCCUUUGUCGAACUGUCAAUCACCUUAACACUAUUACCAACACCAUCACCAACAUCAUCAUCAUUACAAUCACCAUCAUCAUCACCACCGCCACCAUCACCA